AUGCUCACCGUGGCGUCAAGCCAUCGGCUCCUGGCCGUGGUUUGCGCCGCUUGGUUGGCUUCAGGAGGAUCCUUCAAGCUGUCCGAUGCCAAGGGCGGCGCGACGGCCACCCCGCCUUUGCCGCAUCAGCAGCGCUCCGAUGGAAACCCUCAAAGCACCCCGGAACGCCGCGGAGGCAAGACGGAUGCUUUCGGCAUGCUCGCGAAGAACUUAAACUUCCUUUUGAUGAAGGUCGCACAGCUUGAGGCCGUUGCCGAGAUGCAGGACGCCAAGAUCAGGAGGUCAGAGCAGGUGCACAAGAUGCUUCUCGAUGAGAUCGGGUCCUUGAAGGCAGAGGGCAAGGGCAUGGGCUCGAGUUUUCGGAAAAGUGAGGCUUUGCUUCAGGAGGUUGUUCAGGAUGCAGAGACGCGCGUGGACAAAGCCACGGAGAUCAUGAAAGACGUGUUUCUCAAGCACCAGCACCAGCUGGAGACCGGAAAGUUUCACCCAAACCCCGACCAGGAGGUGGUGAAGGCCGGCUUGUCGAGGGCGCACCAGAGGAGCGCGCAGAAGUCGAUGGAGGCGGCCUCAUCCAACGAGACACGGUGGGGUCCCGUGGGUUCAGCAGUCAACUCUGUGGCGGACACUGCGACGGAUGUCGGUGGCACUGUGGUGAACACUGCUGUGGACACUGCGGAUUUCGCCACGGACUUUGCCAGCGAUCCCGUGGGUACAAUGGAAAACGGCUUUCAAGCACUCUCGGACCCUGCGGCUAAGGUGAAGUUUGCCAAGGACAUUCUCGCAGAGCACACAAUUUCUACCGUGGCGCAGGCAACGGAGAUCCUGAAGAAUGUUCUUGGACUCCCCGGCUUCUCGGAGUUCACGGGAACAUGCAGCCUUUCUCGCCAGCCAGGCUUCACCUCGUUUGACCAGAAUGGGAUCGGACUCGACCUUGGCCGAUUCUCUUGUUCCAUGAGUCUGGUCGGGCAGCCAAGCAGCGCUUUCAGUGUCGACCUGGGCAGACGCUCUGUGUCGCUGCCUGCGGAACUUGGAGAGGUCUACAAAAUUGGCUGGCGGCUCACGUCUUGUGCGAGAAAAGACACUGCCUUCCAUUUGAUCGAGUGCCUGAGUAUGGAUCUUUUGUCUCUCGCGCCUGCGGCCUACGUCGGUGUCGCGGUGCGGAAGCUGAACAUCAUGGACCUAGUGCCCUCUCAAGUGCGGCAAGUUGUGCAGUGGAAUGAGGAGGCAGUCAGGACAGUGUUCAGUGUGGGAAAUCAGCUCAUGCAGUGCCCUAACAGAGGCCACGAGCAUGACUUGAUCAAGUGCCUUGGUGAUUGGAUCAUGCAAUUCAAGCCCCCGAUGAACUACAUGCCCGACCCAGUGAAGAAGCUUGCCAACGGGCGCAUCAUGGACCUAGUGCCAUCUCAAGUGCGGCAAGUUGUGCAGUGGAAUGAGGAGGCAGUCAGGACAGUGUUCAGUGUUGGUUACGAGCUCAUGCACUGCCCUAACAGAGGCCAUCAUCAUGACUUGAUCAAGUGCCUUGGUGAUUGGAUCAUGAAUUUCAAGCCCCCAAUGAACUACAUGCCCGACCCAGUGAAGAAGCUUGCCGACGGACGCAUCAUGGACCUAGUGCCAUCUCAAGUGCGGCAAGUUGCAAGCUGGAAUGAGGAGGCGGUCAGGACAGUGUUCAGUGUUGGUUUUGAGCUCAUGCACUGCCCUAACAGAGGCCAUCAUCAUGACUUGAUCAAGUGCCUUGGUGGUUGGAUCAUGCAUUUGAACCCCCCGGUGGACUACAUGCCCGACCCAGUGAAGAAGCUUGCCGACGGACGCAUGAUGGACCUCAUGCCGCAGCACAUGGGGCUUCUUGCGAACGGCGAUCCCAAUUCCAUCCAGAACAUGCUCACCUUGGGCCAGGAGCUUGUGAAGUGUGCCGAUGCCAGUACAACCUCUCCUGCUACUGCGCAACGUGACAUCGUACAGUGCCUCGGUUUCCAAAUCGUGAGCAGGGUCGCUCCUUUGAACUUCCUGAAUAAGUUGGGCGACAUCUUCGCAGAGUUCAUCGAGACCUUCUCGAAGGUGGCUGCGGCAGUGAUCCCCCAAGCCAUGAAAGGUGGGCAGUCGUUGCUGCAGAUAGCUGCCACGACCGACUUUCCUUCUAUCAGUGCUGGGCCCGUGGUUCAUCACAGAGGGGACAACCUGGUCAUCACGAAGCACUCUCAAAAAGUGCCCCGCGAACAAGUCGAGCUGCUGCAAGAGCUGGCCGCUGCGAAGAAGGAUGCCGGCGAUUCUGAUGAGCCAGCUGCGAUCGACUGGUCCAUGGACAACUAUGGGCCUGAGAUCCAUGAGCUGGUGACCCAGUUCAAUGGCAAAGAGACGGGGACGGGCUCCUGCCUAGCCUUCGCGCCAGGGAGCAAGACAGGCAGCAACAACCAGGCCACCCAACAGGAUUGGCAGGCCCCAACGAAGGACGACUUCGUGAAGCUUGAGCCCUGGGCAGUACCAUGUGGCAACCAGUGGAUGAAGGACCACUGGCAGAAGUGGCAAGGCUACUCUUUCUACACGAGCGAUGCAAGCCUCGAGAAGUGUUUGACGGUGUCCUUCAGUUUGUCCAUGCAGCCAGUCGUCGCCUUCGUGGGUGGCAUCGAGUUCAAGCUGCUGCCUGGGCCCUUGGCGCAAGUCGACACCCUUGUGUGCUGGCCGGUUGGUCAGCCGGGCGGCCUGGACCUCAGCGUCCUGCGCUCGGAGGUGAAGUCCAACAACGUGCUCCUCUUCAGCCGGACGCUGCGCUUGGCCAAGCGCUUCGGCCAAGACACGGACUUCGUGACCAAGAACCUCAACGGCGCCCACCAGACCGCCCGAAGCUUCUUCGGCAAGCCGGGGAGUUCCGAGAGCAGCACCGCCAUAGCUUCCAUGAAGAGGGCCGCGCUGCUGGAGAGCAACCGCACCCUGGCUCAGGCUGCUCAGGCCGCGGCCAAGGCUAGGCUGGCCAAGCUGGAGGAGUCUCUGUACUGGAAGGUGGAGGAGGAGGACCUCUAUCUGGCCUCGGUGGAGUACGGCAAGGACGCCGGCAUGAACACGACCUCCGAGUUGCGAGGGAGGGCGGCCGGUCGACGCCUCAGCGCACUUCAAAACGGGGAGAAGAGGCAGAACUCCUUCAAGCUCUUCGGCUUCAAGAAUUCCGGGCUGGUGAACUAUGACGUGAAAGGCUUCUUGUCGGGCAAUUGGCUGCAGCUUGGGUUGCAGAUGGGCUGGGGGCAUUACCAGAGCCCGGAAAAGACGAUCAACUUGGUGAACAUGGCAGACCAGUUCGCCGCAGUGCUAGCAGCCGUGCCCACCUCGCUCCUGUCGUUGGAGAGCAAGAAGAGGGCCAUCGCCGCGCUAUAUGAUUUCCAGGAUGGGGAUAUCACAGAAGUGCAGGGCACGGCCAAGACGAAGACUCUCGCCGGGACCGUCAAGAAGAGCAACGGAGACGCGCAGUGGGCGUUCGACGUCAACUCGCCUCCGGUCGGCUCCACCAUCCAGCACCCUCCCGUGCCCAGCAAGACCCUGCCGGCAUGUCAGGAGGCGGACUGUGCGAGCCACUUUGCGGAGCAGGGCGUGGCGUGGCCGGCAUUUAUGUGCACGCGGCAUGCAGUGCACGUGGAUGGACGGAAGAUGCUUGCUGUUACAGACCCCGCGGCGAAGUCUGACAUGGUGGCCUGGUUCAAGAGCGAGGAUGCGGGCUCCGACUGGAAGAGCGCUGUGGGCAGCUGGCACGGCCGGGUGACGAAGGGCAGCGUGGUGACAAAAGUGGAAGCUGGAAACGGGGCUCCAAAUGCUGUGGUCUACAUCACCGGCAACACUGGGUCGGGCUUUGAUUUCGGAAACAUCAUGAAUCCGGACUACACGAUUUGCUCGAUCUCCCGUUAUCUUCCAGGAGGUAAAACGGGGCGCGUUCUCCAAGGUGGUAAUGUUGUUAAUUGGCUUCACGGUCAUUGGGGCGGCAGUGCAGGGGUGGCCCAUUACGGCCACUGGAUCGGGCCCCAUGCUGCGCCGGCCUCUUCCGACUGGCUCGUGAUGUGCGGCAGCGCGAACGGAGUUCUCUUCAAGGGCCAGGACAAGACGAACAUCGGCACGCGUGCAGCUGUGAAGCACAAUGCAGCCUUCCACUUGUACAUCAAUGAGCUUACAGGCGAGGUCUCCGACUUCGGCGUCAUGGAGGUCAUUGUGUGGAGGCGGUCGCUCACAGAAGCCGAGAUGUGGACCAGCAUGGAGUACCUGAAUUGGAAACUUCAGGCAGGACCUCAGCAACCCGCGGCGAAGUCUGACAUGGUGGCCUGGUUCAAGAGCGAGGAUGCGGGCUCCGAUUGGAAGAGCGCUGUGGGCAGCUGGCACGGUCGGGUGACGAAGGGCAGCGUGGUGAAAAAAGUGGAAGCUGGAAACGGGGCUUCAAAUGCUGUGGCCUACAUCACCGGCAACACUGGGGCGGGCUUUGAUUUCGGAAACAUCAUGAAUCCGGACUACACGAUUUGCUCGAUCUCCCGUUAUCUUCCAGGAGGUAAAACGGGGCGCGUUCUCCAAGGUGGUAAUGUUGUUAAUUGGCUUCACGGUCAUUGGGGCGGCAGUGCAGGGGUGGCCCAUUACGGCCACUGGAUCGGGCCCCAUGCUGCGCCGGCCUCUUCCGACUGGCUCGUGAUGUGCGGCAGCGCGAACGGAGUCCUCUUCAAGGGCCAGGACAAGACGAACAUCGGCACGCGUGCAGCUGUGAAGCACAAUGCAGCCUUCCACUUGUACAUCAAUGAGCUUACAGGCGAGGUCUCCGACUUCGGCGUCAUGGAGGUCAUUGUGUGGAGGCGGUCGCUCACAGAAGCCGAGAUGUGGACCAGCAUGGAGUACCUGAAUGGGAAGCUGCGGUGA